AUGGGUUUCAUCAAGACAGAGAAUCAGCCCGGUUUCGGUCCCGGCCCUGUCCACAUCAGUCAUAACGAGCCUCAACCUGGCCAGUUUGCCUUUCUGCCUUAUAGCAACACUGGCUUCGACAAUGUUCACCCUAGCGAACUCAACAAACCCGGCACCAGCGACGGUCGCUCCAAGGUAGCCCGUGCCUGUACCGAGUGCAAAUCACGCAAGAUGCGCUGCGAUGGCGGCGUUCCCUUCUGUGGCCGUUGCAUCACUCACAGCCGCACAAAGUCGUGCGCCUACGUCGAUCCACCCAAGCGCUCGCCCAUCACCCGUCAGUACGUCAGCUCCCUCGAGGCGCAGCUCGAAGAGGCAAAGAAAAUGAUUGCCGAGCUCAAAAACAAAUCUGCCCAAUCCCCCUCUGACAAGCCCUCCGCCGCUGCCGCUGCCGCUGCUGCCGCCCUUCCCACCGCACCAACCCGCCGACACACUCAGCCUUACAUGACAAAUCGUUCCUUGACCGGUGAAGACGCUGCACAUGCAUGCGGCUUUGCCCACGUCAAGCCUUGCUCGCCGUCCAAGAAACGUGUCCGAGCUUCCACCAACGGCUUUGACGAUGGCGUCGACGACGAAGCCGACGGCUACUUUGAUGUUGCUUCUCGGUCGGAAAACUUGAUCGAUAUCAUCGCCUCCAAUCCUUCCAACGACGUUGACGCGCUCGCAAGUGGCGACUAUGUCAGCCUCACCAGUUGCAACGCUGCGCUUCAGAUUGCCUCGCAGUUGAGUCUGGGUAGCAAGUCGCUGGCCAGCGCCGACUUCUCUAUUGCCAGCCACGACGCUGCUUCCUCGGCCUCCACCACCAAAGUCGGCAGCCUCGACGUCUCAUGCGACGCUCUCGCUCGGGCUUCCGCUUCGGCCUUGUCGACGCAACACAACGCAGCCACCUUGCCCGACAAUGUCGACUUUGCCAGCUGGGACUCGGAAAGCCAGCGCUUCGCCACCGAGCUCCUCGAGUCGUUUUUCGAGUUUCACCUCCCCUCGUACCCCAUCCUCCACCCCGCCACCUUCCGUGCUCAGCUACAGGGCACCGUCUGCCCUCCCGCGUCGGCCGCCUGGCCCGUGCUGGUCAACAUGGUUUUUGCUCUCGGCGCUCUUGAGCGCAGGGUUUCCGCGCAAGAGCUCGACCUUGACACGCCCUUCUACGAGCGUGCAAAGCAACUCUACAGCGCUGUCCUCUUUGAGAAAGCCGAGAUCAUUUCCGUGCAGGCGCUCACAUUGAUGGCCAACUACUGUCAAAAGAAGAAUCACUUUGCCGCUGCUUGGAUGGUGCUCGGCAGCGCGCUGCGCAUGGCCGUCUCGCUCGGCCUCUACUCCGAGUCGACGCUUCAGGCGCGCGACAUGCCCGCCUUUGAUCGCGAGUUCGGCCGUCGUCUCUGGUUUACGCUCUUUACUAUGGAGGCAGACACGUGCGUGAGCAUGGCUCGACCCAAUGCUCUGCUCUCUAUCAAUGCUGAUGUGGCACCACCGCAAAACAUUGACGAGACAGCCAUGUCGCCCACCUCGGAAGAGCUCCCCGCCGAGGUAUCCGAGGCCACGCUCAGCUCCACGCUCGCCGUGCACGCCAAGUUUGCAUCCGAGAUCAGCAUGCCCCUCCAGGCUAGACUCAUGCGCGGUACCAACCCCUCCAUCGAGGAGGUGCGCGCCUUUGAUCUCAAGACCGAGGAGUUUGUUGACCGCUUGCCUGACUACAUGGCCGAGGGCUACGCUGGCCCGCGCCCGGCGUCCUUCUCGGUGGCUUCGGCACGUUUGCGAUGGAGAUGCAACAAUUUCCGCAUGGUCAUGUUCCGACCAUUUUUGCUCUCCAACGCCGUCGCUGCUGCUGCUGCUCGCUCUCGCGGCGAGACGCGACCGGUGCUGCGUCCGGCUGUGAAGCAAGCGAUCGCGCUCUGCCGAAGAAUGGCGAGCUGCAAUAUUCGCUCCAUCUCGACCUUCUGGGACUCGCAUCCACACAACCAGGCCAUGGCAUGGCACGCCAUCUACUUUCUCACCCAGAGUGCGCUCGUGCCACUCGUCUCGUUGCUGGAUGAGCCCACAGGCCAAGAGGCGCGCGAGUGGGUGAGCUUGCUCCAGACGUGCGUGCGCUUGCUUGUCGACAUGGGCCACAUCACGCCUAUCGGUGCCAAGUGCAAGGAUGCAAUCGAGAAGCUGGCGGGCGAUUUGCUGUUACACGACAGCGACCACCACGAGAGUGAAUCGAUGCUCCUGUCCAAGUGGAUGUCAGAGGCCAACGCUUCCGCUUCGAGCGCCGGUGGCAAUGUGGAUCAACUCAUGUGGUCCUCGCACCUCUUGCCAAGCGCAAGCACUCAUUCCGACGAAGCGCGCUUUGGUAGCGUCGUCGCCCAUCCGACCGGGCCAUCGCUGAGCAUGUCACUCGACAGCGGCUCGUCGGACGGCAUGUCGGCCGCAUUUGACUUUGCACGCGGCAUGGAUGGAUCUCCUGGAGACCACCGAUCCUCGAUCGCCGAGUCGAUCGAUGCAUGGGCGGCGACGGCAACAGCAACAGCGACAGCGCGACCUUCCACUUCGUCGCAAUGGUCCGAAAACGCACCGUCAAGCUUGCCUGACCGUGCUUUCCUGCUGCGCGAGAGACUCGAUCAGUGGUUCGGCCCGCAGGCGUCUCAGGCGCAUGCGAUUUCAGAGCCAGGAUCGAGCCAUGGCGGCGCGACCCUGACGUCCCCCUCUGCAGCGCAGCCACACCAAGCAGCGCACAAUGGACUGGAUUGGCAGGCGGCAGCGGCAGACCCGACCAACUGGUGGAAUGUGCAAUAUCGUCAGCAUCCAGAGGCUUCGCCAUCGACGGGCUUCAUUUUUGGCAGCGCGCACAAUGCACACAACGAGCAUGGCGCUUUCGUGCCUUCAGGUCACAUGCACCCUUCACAGAUGCAGCCCCACAGUCAUGGCCAGCCUCACUCUCAGCAAUACUUCUGA